CCGAUCGGGUAGCGACAGGGACAAAAGUCUUACUGACCGAACUACACAAAUCAGAUAAUAAUUUUAAAUAAUGUCCUUAACGGUUUUAGCAUCUGCUUACAGACUGAAGCCUCUUCAUAGAUUGCAGCGAAUUCAGGCUCACUUGAUGUCGAGUCAUGUGGAACCGGAGGUUCUCCUGGAGAAAGUGGGCAGAACCGGUGUGAUCACCAUCAACAGACCCAAAGUCCUCAACGCCCUCAACCUGACUAUGAUCCGACAAAUCUACCCUCAGCUCAAGAAAUGGGAAAAUGACAGUGAGAUGGACAUUGUGAUUAUUAAAGGAGCAGGUGGAAAAGCUUUUUGUGCUGGUGGAGACAUCAGAGCGGUCACAGAAGCGGGGAAGGCCGGAGGAUCACUUGCUCAGGACUUUUUCCGUGAGGAAUAUAUUCUGAAUAAUGCCAUAGGAGCGUACAGGAAGCCGUAUAUUGCCAUUAUUGAUGGGAUAACAAUGGGAGGGGGUGUCGGUCUGUCGGUUCACGGCAGGUUUCGAGUCGCCACGGAGAAAACGCUGUUUGCAAUGCCUGAAACGGCCAUCGGGCUUUUUCCUGAUGUUGGAGGUGGUUAUUUCCUGCCGAGGCUCCGGGGGAAGCUGGGACUUUUUCUUGCCCUGACGGGGUUCCGACUGAAAGGACGAGACGUGCAGAGAGCUGGAGUCGCCACGCACUUUGUUGAAUCUAACAAGAUCCCAGACCUGGAGAAGGAACUCGUGGAUUUGAAGUGUCCCUCAAAUGCAGAUAUUUCCAAACUUCUUGAGUUCCACCAGAAGCAGAGUAGUCUGGACUCCGAAAAGCCUUUUGUCUUGGAGAAACAUCUAUCUGAAAUUGACAGGCUGUUCAGCUCCAGCAGUGUAGAGGGAAUUAUGCAGAACCUGAGAGCAGAUGGUUCUGACUUUGCUAACAAACAAGCUGAGACUCUUUCCAAAAUGUCUCCGACAUCCCUGAAGAUCACCUUCAAGCAGCUGCAGCUGGGCGCAGCCUUGAGCCUCCAGGACGUGUUGGUGAUGGAGUAUCGGCUGAGCCAGGCCUGCAUGAGAGGCUGUGAUUUCCAUGAAGGCGUUCGAGCUGUGCUGGUUGACAGAGACCAGAACCCCAAGUGGAAUCCGUCGACUCUGGACCAGGUUUCCGACCAGCUGGUAGACAAGUAUUUCUCCUCGCCGGCAGAGAAGGACCUGAUGUUCACAUAAACCUUCACCAAGCAAACCGCAUCCUGUUCUCUCCUCCUCUCGUAGUCAGACGUGGGAUGUGUGGAUAAAACUCUAGGACUUCAUCUUCAUCUGAGGAUGUUUUACUGAAAAAAGGUGAUUUUUUUUAGUUUGCGGUCAGAAAUCAAAGCAUCAGAAGAAAGAGCGGUCAGACAUUAGUUUCUAAAUGUUUUUGUGGAAGUGUUUUUUUUGCUGCAAAAUCAAGGACUCUGCUGCAUCAUCACGAGGAUGCGGGAGGGGGAAAUGAUCUCACCGUUGAGUGCUUUAUUACAUUUCCCGUGGGUUUGUGUUGAGUUGACAUGGAUCCGGAUCAGUAUUUCAGCUUAGUAGGCUUCGUGUGACACAGAUGAUGGUGAUGAUGUAGCUUUCUGUUUUAUUUAGUGUUUUGCUUCAGAAUAAUUCUGUACCUUCUGUUGAUGUGAGAGAACCAGAUCUGCUGAGUUCGUUUGUCUGAUUUGUUGUUUUUUGUUCUGCAGAAAUGAAAUCACUUCCUCAAACA